CAAGACUCACGAUGCUCCGGCUGCUGACUUCCCUCCUAUUUGUGGCCCUUGCCUCGGGCUGUGGCCGACCUUCCUACAAUCCCUCCACCCGGGUUGUCAAUGGUGAGGAUGCCGUCCCUUACAGCUGGCCCUGGCAGGUUUCCCUGCAGUAUGAGAAGAAUGGAGCCUUCCACCACACCUGUGGCGGCAGCCUCAUUGACCCCCAAUGGGUCAUGACUGCAGGCCACUGCAUCUCGAGCUCCCUCACCUACCAGGUGGUGCUGGGAGAGUACGACCGGGCUGAGAACGAGGGCCCCGAGCAGGUGAUCCCUAUCAACGCUGAGGACCUCUUUGUGCAUCCACUCUGGAACCCCAACUGUGUGGCCUGUGGCAAUGACAUCGCCCUCAUCAAGCUGUCUCGCCCUGCCCAGCUGGGAGACUCAGUCAAGCUCGCCUGCCUCCCUCCUGCCGGUGAAAUCCUGCCUAACGAGGCGCCCUGCUACAUCAGCGGCUGGGGCCGUCUCAUUACCGGUGGGGCACUCCCAGACAAGCUGCAGCAGGCCCUGCUGCCCGUAGUGGACUACGAGCACUGCUCCAAGUGGGACUGGUGGGGCAGCUCCUUGAAGACGACCAUGGUGUGCGCUGGUGGAGACAUCCGCUCCGGAUGCAACGGUGACUCUGGAGGACCCCUCAACUGUCCCGCCGCUGACGGCUCCUGGCAGGUCCAUGGUGUGGCCAGCUUCGUUUCUGCCUUUGGCUGCAACGCCCGCAAGAAGCCCACUGUGUUCACACGCGUCUCAGCCUUCAAUGAGUGGAUCGAGGAGACCAUGGCAAGCCACUAGAACCACAGCCUGGGUGGCAGUACUCAUCCACAUCCUGCAAAACAAAUAAAGAUCUC